AUGCCUCUGACCUCCACCUGGACUUUCGUGGCAAAUGCGUACGCGCUUGACUCGCCAGAGGUUGUCGCCUUUCAGCAGGGCUGCCAGCAGCACUGCCUGACCAUGCCAUCGUGUUCUGGCUUCGCCAUGUACGUGUACACGGACUCACAGUCUGGCUGUGAGUACUACGGCGUCGACAUUGGCAUGGGCUUUGUUCAAAACGUGUCUUAUGGAGGCCUCUCCACACUGUGCCAGAAGACAUCGAUCCUGGGAGCCUACGGCACGCUGCAGCUCCCAGCAUCGGCGGCGCCUUCUGGCAUGACGCACCUCGUGGUCGUCAGCGCCUACGAGAAUGUGACCAUGUCCUCCGGUGCCGGGGUGGUGCUCACGGACUACAGCACGGUGGACACCGUCGCCACGAACCUCUCCUUCGAAGACAUGAACCCCCUGGCAGGCUUCGUGGAGGGCACUGUCAUGGUCGGCGCGGCCGCCGACGAGUCGCAGAUCUCCGGCUACGCCAUCUAUUGGGGGCAGAGCUCCUCCAUGAAGCUGGAAGGAGGGGAGCCAGGGCUGCAGGCCCAGUUCUACGCCAUGCCCAGCUGCCCCUGCAUGACCUGCAACGUGGACUUUGCCUCCUUGGGCGCCCCCAUCCUGGUGCAAGACGAGGCCGCGAACAUGUACUCCUUCUCGCGCCCGGGCGGCGCCCUGUCAGCAUGGCCUGGUCUGAACAGAAGCGAGUUUUUUGCUGCGAGGUGGCAGGGUCGAGUGACUCUUGCUGGUGGUCACUACACCAUGACGCUGGUGUCGGAUGAUGGUGCACGCAUACUGAUCAACGGAGCGCAGGCGCUGUCUACGACCGGCACCACUGGUGCGACCACUGCGAGUGGUGAUAUGUACAUGCCUGCUGGCACACAUGACGUGGAGCUCGAGUACUACCAGUGCCGUGGUUCAUCUGGUGUGACUGUGGCGGUGAGUGGGCCUGACACAGGUUACAUGGACGUGAGCCUCUGGACAGUCGCCCGGCACGGGCCGCUGCAGCGGCCGCCCUUGCUCACUCUUAGCAAGACCGGAUCAGACCUGACAGGAACGAUUCCCUCAGACACCAUGGUUCCGAUUGGUGCUACACACCUGCUCGCCUUUGCCCAGUCUCUGACUGGCUACGACUCCACGUCUUGGAUCGCCGUGGCACUCCAGGACUUGAUCCGUCCGAACGGCACGGCCCAAGCGCUGAACUUCACGGAUAUGAAUCCAGCGCCCAACUUCAUAGAAGGAGUCCUGCUGAUCAAGCGUGCAGUGGCCGAGCAAGAGGUGAACUUCUACAAUGUCUACUGGGGUUCAAGCGCGACGGAAAUCGUGAACGUGACCUCGCGCAGUGUGGGCAGCCUGAGCGACACGCGUCCCACGUGCAGUGGGGCCAGCUGUGGCGAGAUUGUCAUUGCUGCCGAUGGGAGCAGUUCUCAGUGGAGUGUGACCCGUACUGCCUACAGCAACUACGAAAGCGCAUCCAUCACCCUCGUGGGACCGGCAGAGGUUCGCUUCACCUACCUGCACACGGAGCGCUGCUGCGACAAGAUCCAAUUGCUGGACACCUUCUACUCUGGGUUCACCACGCCCUCCGACACCAUCGUCCUUCCGGAGGGCGUGCAUGUAGCGACUUGGAACUCCGACUUCAGCGUCACGAACAAUGGGUGGAGCUUCAUCUACACCUACCAGGGGCUCUCGGACGGCCGCCCGGGUCUCAUCGCCAGCCUCCCCAAGCCGGAGGGCCAGCAAGACCUGGCGCUGCCGAUCACUCCCCAAGCUCUCCUUGGGACGCACUUCAUCGUGAAGACAGCCUACAACCUGACGGAGAGCAGCGGCUCUGUGGCACUGGAGAUCCAGGACUUGGCCCCAAACGUCAUCCCCAUCCACAGCGCCAGCUUCACAGACGAGGAUCUCGGCAGCGGGGUCAUCGGAGGGAACAUCUCGAUUUCAGCUGCCGCCAGCGUGACGGGCUUCCGGGUCUACUGGGGCCGCAACAGCACACACCCCAUUGCUGGCGGGAUUCCGGGGCUGUUGGCUGAGUACUUCUACUUGUCGCCAACCUCAUACUACGAUGCCAUUCCGUACCUGGACUCCAUGCAGCCGGACCUCGUCCAAGUGGAGAGCAUGCUGUAUCACCCAGAAACCAAUGAAGCCUUCCCGGGCGUUGGGGUUUCAGAUGCCUUCGCCGCGCGAUGGACCGGGUACAUCAUGAUCAGCUCCGGUGGCAGCUACCUCUUUACCUUGAACUCAGAUGAUGGCAGCAAGCUCUACGUGAACGGCGUGCUUGUUGUGGACAACGACGGCGUCCAUGGCAUGCAAGCGAUAAGUGGAGACGCCUACCUCUACCCAGGCAUGCACGCCGUGAAGGUCGACUACUUCGACCAGGAGUCGUAUGCCGGCAUCAUGCUGUCGUACAGCGGCCCCGACACGGGCGGCGCGACCGUCGCCGUGCCGGGAAGUGUGCUACGCCACGGAUCCCUGGACAACGCCCUGGUUGGAGAGUGCGUGGCGCAGGCCGGAGCCUGCACGGUGCAAGUCGUGAACGCGACGAUCCCUACAGAGGCCAGCCACCUGCUUGUGCGAGCAUAUGACAGUGAAGGUGAGAGCACUACUGGCGCGUCCCUUGCAGUGGAGGACGCAGCGUUGCCCUCCCAGCCUGCCACAGGCAUCUACUUCCAAGAUGUGGACCCCGUGGCCGGUCAGGUGAGUGGCACCAUCACGCUGGAGCCUGCAGAAGACCCGAGCCAGAUCUCCCACUAUGUCAUCUACUGGGGCAGCUCCGCAACAGUCAAGCUUGAUGGCGUCCCCAUUGCACAGAUUGCUGCCAACACCAGCGGCACUUCCAGAGGGUCUUGUGGUGUCAAGGGCCCGGAUGACACACCCUUGCGCUUCACCCGAGAGGGCAUCAAUGGGCCCAAAAUCGUCAACGGCCAAGAUGCCAGUCGCUGUGAGUGGAGGUGGCAGGUGAGCCUGCGCUCACAAGGCUGGCACUUCUGCGGCGGCACGUUGAUCUCGCCAAAGUGGGUGAUGACGGCAGCGCACUGUGUCGAGGGAGGUGGCGGCUUUCAAGUCGUGACGGGAGACUUCGACAAGGAUUCGGACUUAGAUGCCAACGAGGAGACGCACCAGGUCCUGCGAGUCAUAUCGCACGAGCUCUACAACUCCAACACCAUGACCCACGACUUCGCACUCAUCGAGCUCGAGGCUGAAGUGGAUACGACGGCCUGCGCGGCGUCCGCCUGCUUGCCUGAUGCGGAAGUGCCAGCAGGCCAAGAGUGCUUCAUCACGGGCUGGGGAACCCUGGCCAGCGGUGGCUCAUCGCCUUCCAUCCUCCAGGAAGGUAUGGUGCUGGCUCUGACCAACUCGGAGUGCAAUGCCCGCUACGCUGGGCAAAUCCUCGACGACAUGCUCUGCGCUCAGGGCACAGCCUCCGGAGGAAUCGUCGACGCGUGCCAGGGAGACAGCGGCGGGCCCCUUGUCUGCCCCACCGGGGACGGCAGGUACGUGCUUCACGGCGCAACCUCUUGGGGCUAUGGCUGCGCAGACGCCGACUAUCCUGGCGUCUGGUCGCGUAUCACCUGGAUUCUGGGCUGGAUCGAGACCCACACAGGCUUGACUCCCCAGACCGGAGGUGGGGGCAAUGUGACCUACAACCUCACGGCCCAGGCCAUCCCAGCCGGUGCGACGCAUCUGCUUGUCUUCUCCUCCAAGCACGGGGCGGAGAUGAGCACCGGGAUCAGCGUUCCCGUGGUAGACUUUGCUCCUACUUCUUUGGCGCCCGCGUCCAUUUCCUUCACUGACACGGACCCUUCUCCGGGGGAGCUGGGGGGCACGAUCGUGAUUGGACGAGCGGCAGACGAGACCAAUGUCACCCACUACGCUGUCUACUGGGGUUCCUCCGACCAGACUGUCCUUGAGAUCUUUGCGCAGGUGCCAAAAGGCUCUGGAAGCCUUGAAAUCCCAGUGCCGGCAAACACGCCACAGCCCUCGGGUGCUUCGCACUUCCUGGCAUUCGUGGUGGGCCCUAGCGGCCAAGGCAGCAACAGCGCGGCGGUGGCCAUUGUGGAUGUGGACCAUUCCCGCGCGCCUGGGGGUCUCGCCUUCCAGGACGCAGAUCCUGGACAGGGGACCGUGGGUGGAACCGUCACCAUCCAGAGGGCGGCCAGCCAGACAGGAGUCACCGCCUACAACCUCUAUUGGAGCACGGGCUCUUGCACCACUCUGGGGGGCCAGAUUGCCAGCGUGACCGUCGCGCGCACCAGCAUCGCCCCGUACUGCUUCACGGGAAAUGCCUGCAGUGACAUCAACGUGCUUCAGGAGGAUGUCGGAGUCUACGUGGUGUCGCGUGGCAUGGACGGCUACCGCAACGAUGAGCGGGCGAGCCUGUACCUCGAAGGCCCGGGCGUCAUCCGCUUCUCCCGGUUUGGAACCGAAGGCGGCUACGACACCCUGACCAUCGACGGAAUGGCGCUUUCCGGCAGCAGCGUGCCAGCGGAUGUUCAGCUCGGCGCCGGCCAGAAGCAGGUCGAUUGGUUCUCGGACUUCAGCGUGACUGGGGCCGGCUGGGUCUUCACCUAUGAGUCCCGGGGUAACUUCGGGGACGCCACCUACGAGCUGCCUUACGGCACCUUCCUGCCCAGCUCGGCCACUGAGAUGAUGGUCUUCUCCGUGAGCGAGGGCUCCGAAUAUCGGGGGGCCUGUGCAGCGACCGCGGUGUCGGAUUUCGCCCCGCCCUCCCAGAUACCCCAGGCUCUGUGGUUCCAGGACUCUGACUCCGCCGCGGGGCUUGUGGGAGGUGACCUCAUCAUCCUCCAGUCCCGCAACCACAGCGGCCUUGAGGCCUACCACGUCUACUGGGGCGCCAACUCCACCCAUCGACUGCCAGGUGUCGCCAUGGUCGCAGCCGUACCGGCCACAACAGCGGGAACCAACGUCACGGUCACCAUUGCCAGCGGAACCUCCCUGCCGGUCAACGCCACCACCCUCCUCGUGUUUGCCUCCUCCAGCAGCGGAGAGUCGCGUACAGCUGCCAGCGUAGAAGUCGUGGACUACGAGCCGGCGGAAGAUGCCGCGACGUCCAUCGCGUUUGUGGAUGUCGACGAGGGCGAAGGGGUCGUGGCAGGCAUGGCUUACAUCGGCCGCGCCGCGGACGAGUCCUCUGUGGACUUCUACAACCUCUACUUCUCCUUGGGCACCCAGAAGCUUGACUUUAUCGGCUCGGUGCCUGCACCCACACUGGCAGCCCGGCCGUCCUGCAGCGGCACCAGCUGCACGCAGAUCGACAUCCGGUCGGUUGCCGGUGGCAUCGCCUACGAGGUCUCCCGAGGCACCAGCUACGACAACAAUGAGCAAGCCAGCAUCGCGGUGACAGGGCCAGGCAUGAUCAAGUUUACCUUCUUCACCACCGAGGCGGGCUACGACUUCUUGACUAUCCUUGGAACGGCCUACUCGGGCAACAGCAUGCCCGGCGACAUCGACAUCCCCGCAGGAACCCAUGAGAUCGUCUGGCGAUCGGACGGCUCAGUGACCACGGGCGGCUGGAUCUUCCGCCUGGAGUCUGGCGCCAGCGACUCCCUGAGUGUGGAGGUGCCCAGAGGCACCUCCAUCCCGGACACAGCCGACAGCUUGCUGGUCCUGACCGCUUCGGCGGGCGGCGAGAUGGCUACAGGAAUCACGGCGCCAUUGGUUGACUACCACCCCCCGUCCGCGAUCGCCGUGUCCGUUCAGUGUCAAGACACGAACCCCAGCAUCGGCGUCUUCAGCGGCUUCUGCGAUGUGCGAAGGGCUGCGGUAGAAGUCGGGGUGUUGGCCUAUGACAUCUACUGGGGCAGGAAUGCCAGCCACCCCAUACCCGGUUCGUCGGCCAUUGGGCAAGCAGUGCUGAACGCCUCCGCGGGUGCGCUUGUCACUGCCUCCAUUGCCAGUGUGCCCAUCCACUCCUCCGCCUCUCACCUCGUUGCAUUGGCUGUGGGCUCAGGAGGUGCGGCUGCAAUGGGUGUGGGGACCCCGGUGCUCGAUAAUUCGGGCUUGUCCCUGGAUCCCUCUAGCCUCAACUUGGUGGCUACGCCGGGCUCAACGGUAUCCAGCGUGGUCACGAUCACCAGCGAUGGCUCUGAGGACAUCACCUUGCAGGUGGGCCUGGUCUUCGAGGACGACUCGGCCCAAGGGGCCCUCCCUGCCAGCCUUACCAGCACCCCGAGCACGGGCUCAGGCAAUGCAGGAGCAGGCUACAUCCUUCCAUCCGUCUGCGAGACGGUGUCCGAUCUCCCGGUACCGGGAAAGAAGCGAUUGCUGUACAAGAUGAAGAAGGCCAAGCAACUGGAUGCAAGGGCAAGGCGAUUGCAUGCGAAGGGUGUGGAGACCAAACAUGGAGUGAAGAUCACUACAUUCGAUCGCCUAGGUGGCAUCGCAUUUGCGGAGAUGAAGAAUGCCUCCACAAAGCAAUACUGCCAGAUGUUCGUGGACCUCGAGAACGACCCGGUCGUGCAGUUUGUGGAAGAGGACCUCACCUGGUUUGCACUAGGCAAGCCCAAAAUGGAUGACAUGCUCUUCCCUCCUCCGAAGCCUCAGCCGGAAGCCGGGGGCAAGCUGAAGGGGCGGAUGCACCGCCGCACCGAUUCUUGCAGCACCUGCCGCGACGCUGCCCAAGGGCACCCCAACGACGUGAGCUUCGAGGAUCUCUGGGGCCUCCAUCAGGACAACGAUGUGGACAUCGAUGCCCCAGAGGCUUGGGCCAUCCAUCAAGGAACCAAUGGCCGCGUGAUCAUCGCCGUCCUCGACACAGGCGUGGACUACAACCACGAAGACCUCCGCAACCAGAUGUGGGUGAAUCCUGGUGAGAUCGCAGGUGAUGGCAUCGACAACGAUGGAAAUGGGUUCGUAGAUGACGUGUACGGCUACGACUUUUACGGUGACAGUGGAGACCCUAUGGACUCAAACGGCCAUGGAACACACUGCGCAGGCACUAUCGGAGCAGAGGCAGGGAAUUCCAUCGGAGUUGCCGGGGUCUCCUGGAAGCCCCAGAUCAUGGCGCUGAAGUUCCUGGGAGCAUCAGGUGGCAGCACUGGUGACGCCAUCCGCGCCUUAGACUAUGCCGUCAUGAUGGGCGCGCAGAUCAGUUCCAACUCCUGGGGCGGGGGAGGCUACUCGCAGGCCCUGGUAGAUGCCAUCGAUGAAGCCGCCACGUAUAACCACCUCUUCAUCGUCGCGGCGGGCAACGACGGGAGGGACAACGAGAUCACCGCAACAUAUCCCUGCAACUACAACCGGCCAAACAUGAUCUGCGUGGCGUCUACAGACAGCGCCAACGACAUCUCCUCCUUCUCGAACUGGGGCACGGAGGUGGUUCACAUCGCAGCUCCCGGGUCCCGAAUCUACAGCACCUACCCCAACAACCAGUACGAGUUCUUGUCAGGCACGUCCAUGGCCACGCCACACGUCUCGGGCGUGGCAGCCCUGGUCUUGGAUUACGUGGACACCCUCACCUACGCGGAGCUCCGGAAUCUGAUCCUGACGUCUGGCGUGAGCUACGCCAAAUUCGAGGCGAAGGUGUCGACGGGGAAGCUGCUCAACGCCCACGCCGCCUUGCAGAUGGCUGGGCAGUACGCCUGGGCGCGCGUGACGGGCCCUGCGGCUUCUGGAAGUAUCACCGUGCCUGCUGGGGGCUCCGCCAGCGUAGACCUGGAGUUGGGCAAUGCGAGGCUGGAGGAGGGGGAGUAUCGAGUGGCUUUGAGGAUCUGGAAGCAGGUGAAUGACAUUCUCUACUCACGCCUGGUACCGGUGAUUUUCACCCUGCACCGAUUCGGGUCUGCACCGACGGUUGGUGCCGGAGGCAUCGAGUUCGAAGACACGGAUGCCCGGCGGGAUGUCAUCGCAGGGGCCCUCACAAUUACAAGAGCAACCCCCGAGCAAGAGGACACCUUCUCGCAGUAUCACAUCUUCUGGGCAGACUCGACGCAGCUCCGGACAAGUGAGACGCCACUCGCGACUCUGGAUACCGGAAACGUGCUUCAGGACAACUUCGCAUUCUUCGACAACUCCUUCUGGUUCCCUCCAGACGCCGACAUCGCUGGGGAAAGCUGGUCAGUGUCAAGCGGCGCGGCCAUCUUCUCGGGCCAGUAUGACACCUCACACCUGACCAUGGCACGGCGCUUUGCGCCGCCCUUCACCAUGAAGGCGAAGGUGCGGAAGACGGCGGGGGCCUUGGCCCACAUGGUGAUCCAGGUCGGUGGCGACUCCGUGAGCUUGUUCGGCUCGGGCGGGCUGCGCGCCAUGAUGCUGGGCUCCCAGAAGAUCUUGGUGUCCCCUGAUGGCCAGCACUACUCGGUGCCGUGCACCUUGGGCACCUGGUUCGAGGUGACCAUCACGGUGCUGGCAAGUUCGGUGACCUUUGCCGAUAACCAAGGAUGCCAGGAGAUAGUGCAGAGCAUUCCAAGCACCGACGAGACCAAAGCAAUCCGAAUCGGCGCCGACUGCACCGGAGAUUGCCAAGGGAGCGUUUGGGACAGCUUUGAGGUGAGCGGUGGCCUGUAUGCGACCUUCAACGUGCCUCCGUCCACCAGCAUCCCCUCCAAUGCCGCGGGCUUCGUGGUGCAUGCCUGGAACGUCCUGGGCUUGCAGACCACGGGCCUGUACAUGCCGCUGGUCGACCACCGGGUCGCCGUGCGCGCAGCCCAGCCAACCCAAGUGACCGCGGGCUCAGCGACGACCUCGAGCCUGUCGUUGUCUUGGACCCGGGGUGCCCUCAACGACUGCAGCAGCGGCUUUGAGAGGUAUGAGGUCAUGGCACAGGGCUCCGCCGGAGGGUGGGUCGAGCCGGCUGGUUGCACGAUGCUUGUGAACGUGAACAUGGAAAGCUGCACGGCCACUCAGCUUGCCAGCGACAUGCCGUAUCAGUUCAGGGUCCGGGUGCUCUGCGUCUUGGAGGAGACGCAGAGUCUCUGGAGUGAGAUCUCUGAAGCAGCCAUGACACUUCCGAUGCCAGCAGUGGCUCCCUCGUCGGUCCGUUCACGUGUUCCGAGCUCGACUGGGUUGCUUGUCUCCUGGGAGACGGGCACCCUCAACGACUGCGAGUUCAGCGAGACCGUCGUCGAGGGGCAGCCGUCGGGAGGGGAGUGGUUCCAGCCAGAGGGCUGCACCGGCUUGACGAUGCUGAACACCUACACCUGCACGGCGGAGGCCCUGACCUCCGGAACAGAGUACGUCUUCCGGGUCAAGACCAACUGCGCCGACUCCUUGUCCUCGAGCCCCUACAGCGCCGUGAGCCUGCCGGUGGCCACCCUGGCGACUGCGCAGACGUGGGAGACCGAGCAGCGCCGAGUUCUCUCCGUGAGUAUGACUUCGAACAUCGACUACAACCAGGUGCAGUCGAACCCUGAGCUGCAGAAUGCUCUAGUGUCCAACAUCGUUACUGCCACGGCAACUCGGAUGGGCGUGGACCCGUCCCGGGUUCGAGUGGAGGUGUUGGCGGGCACAGCUCUGCCAUCCAGCCGAAGGCUCUCGGCUCUCGCGACAGUCUUCUCCGUGGUUGUGGACGGAGUCUCGGAGGAUACCUCUACUAAGGACAUCACCGAGAAUGUGGCCGCUGACGUCUCCACGGCAGUGGAGGUCGAAACAGGCACUGCUAGCGAGGUGCAGGUUUCCAGCGUGAAUCGGCUCGUAGCCGCCGUGCCCCCGGAGCGUGUCACCUGGACCAUGCUCAGCCCGGACAGCGUCCAGCUGCAUUGGAACGUGAGGCCUUUGAACGACUGCUCCUUCCUUGCCUGGCAGGUCCAUGCCCGUGCAGGAAGCAUUGAGCUCACGCCUCCCGGCUGCCAAGGGCUCGUGAACCUCUCAAGCACCUCGUGCAUCGCCAACGGCUUUGCUACUGGCAACACCUACACCUUCUCAGUGACACUUCUGUGUGCCGAUCCGGCCAUUAGCAGCGAGCCGUCGGAAGCGAGCGAGCCCUGGAUGGUAGGCUCGGUGCCGACCCUGGUGUCAGCCGAAUUCACGGCGGGCUACAGCACCCUGCUCCUGACAUUUGACGUGGUUGUGACAGCAGAACUGCUUACGCCAACCUCCUGCGCCGAUGCCUUCAACGCAGUCCUCGGCCAGAAGUUCGGCAGUGAGUUUUCCUGCAACGUUGCCGGGUCUCAGCUUGCAGUCACAUUGGGAAGCGGAGCCACCCUGGUGCUUGGAGACUCCAUCAGCUUGGUGACGGCGGCAGGCCUCGUAGCAGUCACAUCGAGUCUGCCGGUUGUCGAAGUCUCUGGCUUCCUGUCCGCCUCUCCUCCGGCUGUCUUACCGUGCGUGCCAGUGACGCUGCUCUUGCAGGCAUCGGGCUCUGCGGGCCGCGCGCUUCAGCUCGAGUGGUCUACGAGCUCCCAGUCACCAAACUUGGCCUCCGUGCUCGCGGCUGCCACGGCGGACUCCUCCACAUCUGUAGAGCUGUCGCCUGCAGUCUUGGCGAGCGUGCUGUCUGCGGCCCAGGUGCAGGACGGCCAGGGGCUCGAUCUUGAUGUGAGCGUUCAGGUGACAAAUUGGCUGGGUGACAGCAGCAUGAUGAGCACCUCUGUCAAACUGCUCAGCGACGGACAGCCCACAGCCAGCAUCAUGGCAGUUGGUCCAACUACGCUGACCCGAUCCCUUGACGAGGACGUCGAGCUUGAGGUAGCAACAGGCAUUGUGGCCCCCUGUAACCAGUCAGAGGAGGUCACUGGCACACCAGUUACCACCUGGCACUACAAGGCCAGUAGUUCUGCAUCAUGGACAACUCUCACUGAAGCAGGCUUGAUGGAUGCAUCUCCCUUGCCAAACAGGGUGCGGGUGGCAGCCUUCGGGCUCGCCCCGGGAGUUCAUGAGUUCCGGGCAACAGCAAGCCUGUCCUCGGAGGCGCAAGGAGCGCAAGAAGUGGUUUUCCAUGUCACGGUGGCCGACAUUCCCCCCCCGACCCUUGAGGUCACGGGGCCUCGAAGUGUUGGGGUUGGAUGUGACCUGCAACUGGCCACUUCAUGGACCGGCGUGGUCCACCCUAGUGCCACGAUCGUCUAUGCCUGGACGUGUCACCAACCAAGCAGUUGCAAUUCCACCAUCUCAAAUUUCGCCAGCGGAGGCGCAGGCAGUACCGAGGCAGGCCUCCAGCUCAGUGGGAGCGAGCUUGCCCUGGGAAGCUACAGAUUCCGUGUGACUAUGACGCAAUACAUCCCGGGCCAUUUCACGAUCUUCAGCGUUGCAGAGGUGACGAUUGCCGUGCAGUCGGGAGGCCCCCUGCCAGUCCAGAUCGCGACACCGUGGAGCCGCAUGGACCGGAUCUCCUUGCAGGCACCAGAGCUCAAAGUGCCAAUUGUGGCCACGAUUGGCAGCGAAGGUGGGUGCCAGGUCCCCAGCGGCGCCGCCUUCAAGUGGGUGCUGGCCAAAGAGGAAGCACCCCAGCAGAUCGUCAGCAUUUUGGACAGCACCACUACCGCAGGUGUAUCCCUUGCGGUGUCGACCACGGACUUCACCAGCACGGCCCUGGUGCCUUCGACCACCUACGUCUACGCCCUCCUGAGUGCCGCGAACGCGUCCCACCUCGCGUUGGGCGAGCAGUCCGGGUCCCUGCAAGAUGCGGCGAUCUACGGCCUCUCCGUCACACUGUCCUUGCCCUUCGUGGCAGACGCGCCGCCCUCCUCGGGUCGUGCGGUCGUUAGCCCAGAGAUUGGGGAGGCUCUGAAGAGCAAGUUCCGCCUGGCGACAGAGGAGUGGUCGGACGAGGACGCAUCGACGCUGGACUACGCGUUCUACAUCUUCCCUCUCGGCGACACCUACACAGUGUCGGAAGGUUCGGACGGAACCCUUCAGUCAACGCCGACCUUCGAGAUGCCAACGAUUGAAUGGAGCGAUCCCUCCAGCCCGCAGUACUGGACCAAGUUCAGUGGACUGCUGAUUAGUGUCUGGGGAUCCUCAGCCAGCAUCUCCGGAUUGGACCUGGCAAGCGGCACCUACUACACAGUUGCCCGCGCCAGGGACCACCUGGGCGGUGUGGCUUCCACGGCGGUUUUAGGCCCCUGGGUGCGGCAGCCCUCCACGCUGUCCACGGCCGACCUGACCAACGCCCUGGCAGCUGUGCAGCAGUCCAGCGAUCCAAACAAGAUCUUGUCAUCGCUCAAUGCCGUCACGGAGAUGUCAGGUGCAGUCAACGACACCAGCGCAGAAGCGAAGCGGGAGGUCACCAACCUGGCCCUCUCUGCGUUGGAGAGCGUAACUUCCAUUGUGGAGGCGACCGAAGAGAGCUUGCAGCAGUUAGGCGAGAGCGUGAAGAAGGUCGUGGUCUCCACCGGAGGGGCGGCUGAUGAGUCCGCGCUGACGCGCGCGGCCGACGUGCUUGGAAGCUGUCUUGACUUGGCGCUGAACGCGAGCGAGACCGGCGUGUCCUCGUCCGCGGGCACCUCCAUCCUCGCAAGCAUCGUGACAAUCGGGAAGAGCUCCGGGGACGCUUUGGAGGACGACGGGGCGACGUGGCUGGUUGGUGGCUUAAGUGUGUCCAGCAACUCCAGUUUCGAGCAGGCGCGCGGAAUGGCCAAGGUGAAGAAGCAGAACUUGAAGAAGAAAGCCAACCAGGGAAAGUCUGCCACCAAGGGCAAGCCCGGCAAAAGUCAAGGUGCGGGGGGAGGUGGAACCGGAGUCCCGACCAACAAGAAAUUCGGGCAGCACCUGCUUCGCAACCCCGGAAUCGUUGACAAGAUCCUGGCUGCUGCGGACCUCAAGCCGAGUGACACCGCCUUUGAGAUCGGUCCUGGAACAGGCAACCUUACGCUCAAGCUGGUCGAGAGCUGCAAGAAGGUCAUCGCCUGUGAGAUCGACCCGCGCAUGGCCGCAGAGGUCCGCAAGCGGAUCGCCUCCACGGGCCGCACCAACCUGGAGGUCAAAGAAAACGACGUCCUGCGAGAGAAGUGGCCCAUCUUCGAUGUCUGCGUGGCAAACUUGCCCUAUCAGAUAUCCUCACCAUUCACUUUCAAGCUGCUGGCACAUCGCCCCGCCUUCCGGUGUGCCGUACUCAUGUUCCAGAAAGAGUUUGCCGAGCGAUUGAUCGCCAAAGUCGGUGAGUCUCAGUACGGACGCCUCGCCGUCAACACCAGCUUGUUUGUAAAGGUUACCUGCGUCUGCAAGGUUGGGCGAAUGAACUUCACGCCACCUCCUGAAGUAGACUCGAUGGUCGUGAAGAUCGUGCCGAGAUUUCCGCCGAUCGAAGUCGACUUUCGAGAAUGGGAUGGCUUAAUGCGGAUUUGUUUUGGGCGAAAGCGUAAGACCCUGCGAUCGUCAUUUUGCAUGUCCUACACGUUAAAGACGCUGGAGGACAACUACACCACCUGGUGUGCAUUAACAGGCUGCAAGCCGGACAGGAGAAACAUGAAGGACAAAGUGGUGGAAGUCUUGGCAGCCUUGAAAUUGUCUGACAAGCGUGCCAUCAAGAUUGACUUAGACACCUACUUCAAGCUUCUCCUGGAGUUCAACACGCGCGGCAUCCAUUUCACGAACGUCAACGUGGGUACGAAGAUUGGUGAGUCCGAUGCGCCGCAGCUGCCAGAUGAUCUCUUCAUGGAUGAGGACAAUGAAGACGGUGAUGAGGACAUGGAGCAAUGA